AUGAUGUCGACAAUAAACACAAUGUUCGAUGGACAACACUUCAAGGUGGAAAAGGAGGAAUUCUCUGAUGAACCCGGCACAUCGGGAACUGUGCCAUGUCUGGUUUGUGGUCGUGGUACAAAUACAGGACAUCACUACGGAGUGCAGAGCUGUCUUGGAUGUAAAACAUUCUUUCGGAGGAUUGUUCUGAAACGAAAUCAACCAAAAUGUAAAUAUGACGGGAGUUGCAAAUUGGAGAAAGGAGUCAAUCAAAAACGAAUCUGCCGAAGUUGCCGUUUACAAAGAUGUUUUGAUAUUGGGAUGACGGAAAAAGCUUUACAUCCAUGCAGAGACGCGAUCGGGAAACGGCGACGAUCACCGAGAUCUCGGAGUGGAAGUGCAAGUCCGACAGAGAUUUCACCACUCGCAUCACCCGGUAGCUCGUCUGGGCCAUCGACAACAAAUGCGUAUUCACCCGAUGCGGGACAGACGCAACGAGCUCAAGCCGCCUUGGGUUUCCUUCAAUCCGUCCGUGAUGGAGACAUUGUAAUGAGAGCUCGUCUAUCACUUGCACAUGGACACACACCAGCUGAUAAUCCCGAAGAUUUCUAUGCGAUUCCGCCGUUGGAAGUGUUGUUAUCUCGUCUCUCGUUGAAUGCCUCAAUCGGUGAUGCGUUAAAAGUGGAUUUGAUAUUGAUUCGUGAAUGGGUCAGUCUGCUCGUCCCACUCUCGACACUCAAUCCCGAAUCAAAGAAAGGUUUGAUCUCUCAAUUUUGUCUGAAGCACACAAUUCUCGAGCACGGUCUUCUCACUCAACGGAUUCCUUUCUUGGAGAAUGUUUGGUUCUACGGUGAUCUCUCGUGCUACCUCACAAAUUUUGAUUCGAUACCUGAACCGAUCCGAGUGCUCAUCACCCCGCCAAUCCAAGCGCAUCACAGUCUUCUUCAACCGUUAUUCCGCUGGCUGAGAGAAGAGAUCGUGACGUCACUUGAUCGCCUUAAACCAUCAACAACUGAAGUGGCUGCGAUCAAGUUGAUCAGUUUAUUGUCCCGAGAAGGGACUUUUCUCGAAAUGGAGGAACGCAUUUUGGUCGAAAAAUUGAGAGAUGAGGUUUUACUGGGUCUCCAUCAUCACUACAUUUCGCAAAAUAAUCCAAAUGUGGCGCAACGAAUCGGCGAGCUGUUGAUGUUUUGUGGGACUUUAUCAUUGGCAUCUCAUCGUGGACGAGAGCAACUGCGAAUGUUGCAAUUUUUCGAUCGUGGCGGUUUUGAUCCAGAAAGUUACGAUCAAUUAUUUCCUACUACG